AGUGGAACCUAAUUAAAUAUUCACCCUGAUACAUUUAUUUUAGUUUUGUACUUUGAAUUGCCCAAAGGUGUAAACAACAUCUCCUAUUUCAUACCUGUCCGGUUGUCACUCUGGAUCAGCAGACGAUUUAUUUCAUAAAUCAAUCUUACGGAGUAAUCCGAGAUAGCCGUGGUCUGGUGCCCAGCUUCUAUUGUAAACAAAUAGAAGUCUGGCAUGAGCGGAAUAAUGGCCGACGCGAUGAUAAUAAUGGAUCAUACUUAUAUAAAAGGGGAGAGAGUGUCUGGGUUUCAAGUGAUCGGGAGUAGGUCUGGCCCAGAUCACAUAUACAGUUCCUGUGCCCCCAAAGACUCAAGUACCCCUCCGAAACGAGGAAGCAAGAGGGCAGUGUCAACUCCCACAGGACAAACACCUACACAUGAACAUAGAAGGAUUGAACUGGAUGAAAAAACCAGACACAACAAAUGGUCCCUUGAUGAGACAUCCUUUCUGAGAGAAUACAGUCAGACAUUACGAAAAGAUGGCGAGUCAGAAAACAGUUUCUGGAACAACUGCGCAAUUGCAAUGAACAACAUGUUUGGUGGAAAAAACAGAACAGGGAAGUCCUGCAAGAUGGCAGCCUGGCGGUUAAAUCUUUCUGGUACAUGUAACAGCACCAUGUGUACUUCUGUUAAUGAAGACUUUGUGGAUUUUACGCCGCUGUCAGAGACAAAAGGAAACAAUGUGGGAACCCAGACUGAUUUGUCUUUUAAUAAUAAGCAAAGGUCUAACAAACAAGACUGGUUUUUUUUUGAACCACGGAAAAAUCUGCAGGGGACAACGAAUGUGUGUGCUGAAACAUUAAUUAUGGCCGCACUAAGACGUUUAAGGACCUACUCUGAGCUAAAAGAGUCUGAGAUACAGGAGAUCAUACAAAAAAUAAGUUCCAGCUCUCCAAGAGAAGUAGCAGGGCAUAUAUUGUCUUCUCCAUUGAGAGGAAGUAUCAUUGUUGAACUUUUAAAUGAAAUUGAAUAUGCAGCAAAAGAAUGCUGCAACAAGGACAGUGUUUUGGCCCAAAAGGAUUUCUGUGACCUGGCUGAAUUUAAAUGGCAUGAACUCAUUGAUGAAUUAUUAGAGCAACAGCCAUUGCCAGCUGAUGUUCUCUUGGCUGUGUCUCUACCAACUUCUAAGAUAGGGAAUACAAAAUCUGUUCAGAGCCUUAUACCGGUCAUAUCUACUGUGUUUGGAAUGUUGAUGAAAACACGAUACCAGGAGUUGUCGUUAGUUCAAAAGAUGAUCGCAAUGACUUUAGCUAAUGAACAAACAAGCCAAAAAGUACAAUUUGUUUCAACUGUGUUUGGUGUUUUUUUUUCAAAUGUUAUGUUAAAGCCCAAUAGCACAAAAUAUGAGUUUAACACCUUGUGUAUAGAAUGCAAUAUUGUUAAGUGUGCAAUUUAUAUUAAAUCAUUGUAUGAGUAACUCAAGAGAAACUAUCAUUAAAGAGUUGCCCAACUCAGCUGUGAAUGAAUGUUUGUUUCAUAAAAUAUUCAAUGUAUGCAUUUUGAAUAUAUCUUUAUAUGUUUUAAAUAUUUCACAAUAUCUAAAUACACAUACAGAUAAAAACAUACCAGUUAUUUCAACAAAAUCUUUCUUAACUAGAACUUUGCAAUAUAUAGUUUCUUGCAAUUUGAUAAAAAAACAGUAAUAAAUCGUGUUAUUUUUUUUUAACCUCAAGUUUGUGAAAUUGGGCAUUUGAAUGUUUAUGUUCCUGUUACUGUUCAUGACACAUGUUUUGUUUGGAAAUUUAAUAAAUCUUUUGGAACAUCUAUUUAAUAGCGCUGUCCCAGGCACUUAAGGUCCUUGAUGUUUUAGCUCAACUGAGCUCAGAUGAGCUCAUAGGAUCGAUGAAUGUCCUUCUUCUCUUAACUCCCAUUUGAUGUUUUGUUCUGCUUAUAUAUCCAGAAACUUUGUCAGGAUUUUUGUUUGGAGAAGUUGUAGGUCAAGUUCAAAGACGGCUCAACUGGGGUAAAAAACUAGGUCACUAUGCCAUUAACAAAUAUUGGCUACCUGUACUUAGGUGAGCGAUAUAGGGCCAUUAUGGCCCUCUUGUUUUAAUUCUACCCUUAACACAAUCAGGAAUAAGUUUGCAAAUCUGCAAAUCUUGCAAAUUUGUUAUUCUUAUGUUUUGUCCAUUUGAAUUGUUUUUGUAGUUCUAUAUGUAUUAAGAACUUCAAUUUCAUUAAUAUACCUUAGGUAAACAUGUGUUAAAUUUGAUGUCAAAAGUGAUUUCCCAGCAGGAUUCUCAGGGUUUGUAAUUCUUCACUAAAAAAUCAUUUUAAGCCUUAUAUAGAAGCCAAAAAAAUGUUCCUGUCGAUUUCAUGAGUCAGUCAGGUAUCUCCAAACAAUAGAAAUUUUAAAGUCAACAUUAUAAAAGAUAAAUUGCUCUUCUACACAGCAGAUGUCAUAAAUAAGAAAUAAAAAAAAUGUACCUUGUGAA